GAAUUUCGCUUGGGCGAUUUUCGGUUUGAUCUCACCACGUAAGGAAGUCUAACGGCGACCAGUCAGUAAUUGGCAAGAGGCGACCCUGCUCUGCGGGAAAGUCUCUGUAAUGAAAGAAGCUCGUCACUCUAAAUUACCGGUGCCUUCUCAAUUCCACACCUACCUCCACCACUUCCCCCGUCGGGCGACGUUGAAAGUCCUCGUUUCUUGCUAACUAUGGCCGUGCGAGCUUCAAUACAGGCUGUUCCCCGACUGACGAUCGACUUCAUCAUAAUUGGAGGCGGAAUCGCAGGACUCGCGUGUGCGCUGGCGCUGCGGCGAAUAGGUCAUCGUGUACUGGUCCUGGAGAAAGAUGACGGUACUGACCAGGUAAAGGUCGCGGGCGGCUGCAGGCUGCCGCCCAAUAUGUCGAAGAUCCUCAAGUAUUGGGGCUUUGAACCACAGCUACGGGAUAUCUCAGUGGUGUCUGGCGCGACUUUCCUCUCGAUAUACGAGACCGGAUUUCUGUUAGGAACGCAUGUGUGGGACCAAGAGGUGUUGAAAGAGGCGGGCGGUGAAUUUGUGUUUUGCCACCAUGCAGAUCUGCGUAGCAUGCUACGCGAGGCCGCCGAACGCGCUGGAGCACAAAUUCGAGAUCGAGCACAAGUGGUGUCGAUUGACCCAACAAACAGAACCGUCACUCUGGCAUCCACCGAGGUGAUUUCUGGCGACGUGAUCAUUGGCGCGGACGGACCUUCUGGUAUAUCACGAGAGUUGCUUGCUGGUGGCCAAUCCUUGAACGGGCCCGCCCGCCACGCUUUCUACAACACUGUGGUCCCUGGUGACAAAAUUCGAAAUGACCCUGAAUUAAGAUAUUUCGUGGAGCAAGAACACCAUACUCAAUUCGUGUGGUUUGGUGAUGGUCAUUCAGUGCUUCUUUAUCCCGUCGGCGGACAGGAAGAUUUUGCCAUGAAUAUAUACGCACCGGAUGACGGGGAAGGAGACGGAUCAUGGGAAGACUCGGUACCAAUAAGCCGCCUACGUGAAGUGAUGAGGACCAGUGAGAAAAGAUUGCAAAAACUGGCCACCUUAGCAGCGGCCCCCGCGAGGUUGCGAGUGAUCGAACAAGGCGAACUCGAAGACUGGGUCCAUAACGAUGGAAGACUCCUCCUCAUAGGCGAGGCCGCGCAUACGCUACCUCCGGGUUCCAUCCAAGGGAGCGCAAUGGGGUUAGAAGAUGCGGCAGUCCUAGCCAAACUGUUCUCGCAUCUAAAAAGUGAAGAUCAGAUUCCCAACUUCCUAUACGCAUUCCAAGAUCUCAGGCAGAAUCGCUGCUCUGGCGUCCUGAAGCAAGAAAUGGGAAACCUUAUGUUCAUGGCCAUGCCUCCAUGCCCCAUGCAGGAAGCUCGUGACCGAAGUAUGAGGGAGAAGCAUGAGGCCGGGCUGAACGUUCUGGGCAAUAGCAGCGGAGGCGAUAGCAAUAGCGAGCAGUGGGAGGAGAUCAAGGAGCUGUGGGGCUACAACGCCGAGGACGAAGCCGACAAUUGGUGGGUUGAAUGGGGCGUCCUUCGAGAACGUGCAAAGGAAAGGGCCCGCGAACUGAACGCUUCCCAGUUGUCCAAUGGUAACGUUAGUAACUGAUCCAUGAAUUUCGAGACCACUUCCGCGCCAGGCGAUAUCACUCUCCUUCUCUUCCAUCGUAUUUAUCACAGUCGCUCUCCGUCCUGUUAUGGUAUAUAAUUAUGUAUACGCGCUAUCUUCCCAUGUAAUCGCUAGUUUGCUGUUAUCCUUCUGGAUAAAUUUGCGAGAUUCCUAUGGCAGGUUUCUGCCGCCGCCGCUUCCAAUCAA